ACCAUAGACAAGACACAAGAUAUGAAGGAAACUUCCUUUCUACAGUUUGGCGAACUGCCGAAGGAGAUCCGCCUUGCGAUCUGGGAAGCUGCAAUUCCAGGUCCGCGAAUUGUGGACCUAAGAGACCAGCCCUUGAAAAUCACGGCGGGAGAAUUGAAAGAUCAGAUACGAGAGCAAAAGGAAAAAAUGUUCGGAUUCCAUCCGAUGGGUGGUUUCAAGUCCAAAUGCCCCGCUCCGGAAAUCCUAUUCGCUUGUCGAGAGUCUCAUGAGGUCGCAACCAGAUAUUACGAGCGAGCUUUU